AUGUCACUCGCAGACUGGCCGUUGACGCACGACGAUCUAUACGACCCUUGGAGAGAUGAUCCUUUUGCCCAUCUGCUAUCCAAACUGCAGCACGACUUGCACCAUCAGGAGGAACCGUUGCCUUUCGCAAAAGCGGCUGCAAGUAAAACGAACGAACGAACUUCCCUCUCCUUUGAACCUAGCGACCACAUUCAGAGCCUUCUGAGGCGUGCCCACCCUCACCUCCUCCACUCCAUCAACCCAUGGUGCGGUUUGCGAGGGAGCCGCGAUACUGAUGAGGAGUUGUCCAUCGGAGGCGAGUCACCGGCAGAGAUCACUAGAGGUUGGGACGAGGGUUCUAUCCUCGAACAUAUUCCUGCCGAUGACUUCACAUCCAUGGCAGCGAACCCUUCUUUUCCCCCGCAAGUGGUUCUAGGAAUACCAGGGGACUAUAUGUAUGACGGACCAUCAUGUGCACGCCCUCGACCACUACUACCCCGAGUCGAGAACGCGAAACAGAUGUCUCCGAAUCACACACUCACCCUCUCAUCUCCGGCGGAGGUGGACCAUUCCUCCGUCGAACCGGUGCUGGCUGCACCUGCGGACGAUGCACAUGAAGGUGCAUCAUCUUUACGUCCUCUAUUCCCUUCCCGAGUGGAGAAUGCGCAACGAAUACCGCCGAGGCGCACACCACGCUCUUCUUCCCAGAGGACUGUGGAGCCUUCCGCACAACGUUCCGCGACGCGAUCAGUACUAGUGGCACCCGCAGACCGUGCACCCGACGGUCCAUCGUCGUCAAGCUCUCCACCACCAUCACAAGGGGAAAAACGAAAACGGACAGAGGAGAUUGUGGAGGUGGAAAAGCGAGAGACGAAAAAGAGGCGCACACAAAAUGAGGAGGGCGCCCAAGGUGAAGAGGAGCCAAAAAGGACGACAGACCAAGGGAACCAAAUCGCAGAGGACGAGGUCGACUUGGGUGUUCAUGGCAUCAUCAACCGUGGGGGCAAGAAAUUGGAAUGUACCUAUUGCGACAAGUUCUUCGCCAAUGGAGCUCACGCGAUAGUGCGCCACGUCCAGUCAAACCGGCACCUUGAAAAGUUACCCCACGAAAUAAGGGACGAGCUUUCAAAGGCGGCAAAGCUGCACUGCGAGCACUGUAACAAAGAGGGGGCGAAGCGAUUCCCUGAGACGGCAUUAUGA